AUGCAGUCAAAGCAACACGGCCUAGGAACACCUUCAGCUGACGCCUACAUACCCGCUGAGUCAGCACCAGCGGAAGAGCCCGAGGAGGUGCGCAUCCUGCGAGCGGAAGUGCAGCUGCUAAAAGGCGGACUGGCGCGCGCAAGAGAACGCGAAGCAGCCGCGCUGCACCAGCUGCAAGAAGUCGCCGCCGCGGCGAAUGCCAAGCUGGCAGCGGCCAACGCUGAGGUGGCGUCGGUGCGUGCUGAGCUGUCAGCGGCGAACGCGAGGGCGAAUGCGGUGCGAAGGGAGAAAGACGCGGCGAUGAUGGCGGCAGAUAGACGGAUAGACGCUUUGCAGAGGGAGCUAUCAGUGCUGAUGGAAGAGAGGGAGGAGGCGGCUGAAGUGGCGGUGGCGGGACGGGAGAGUUUAGACAGGGCGGAGGAGUAUUUAAAAGCACUGGAUAUAGCAAAAGUUGAGGUUAAGAAGCUUAGACUUGAAAGGGAUAUUUUGAUGGAGAAGAAUAGAUUGCUGGAGGAGGAGAAGAAUAAAAGGCUCGUCGACACCCUUCGCCGAACCUACGGCCUCGCUCCGGACGCAGAGAUCUGCAUGGAGGCCGACCCUGGCACGUUUGACGAGGCUCGGCUCCGAGCCUGGGUGGAAGGCUCGGGAGUGACGAGGCUGAGUGUGGGAUGCCAGGCGUUUGACGAAACUCUGCUGAAGGCGUGUGGGAGAUCUCAUUCGCUUGCUGACGUGUACGAUGCUGUUGAUGCGGUGAAACGCGUGGGACUGGAGAAUUGGAGCCUGGAUUUGAUUUCGGGACUGCCAUGUCAGACCCUCGACAGCUGGCACCACUCCCUCUCCGAAGUCAUCCGCCUGGGCCCCAGCCACGUGUCAGUCUAUGAUUUGCAGGUGGAGCAAGGCACAGCCUUUGGCCGAUGGUAUUCACCCGGCCGCUCCCCCCUCCCCGCCGACGAUCUUUCCGCUGACAUGUACCGGGAAGCUUCCAGGCAGCUUCGUGCAGUGGGGUAUGUUCAUUACGAGGUUAGCAACUACGCCAAACCUGGCUUCCAGUCUCGGCAUAACCGAACCUACUGGACGAAUUUCCCGUACCUGGGAUUCGGGCUCGGCGCGGCCAGCUAUGUCGCUCGGAAGAGGUUCGUUCGGCCCCGAACCUGGGAUGGGUACGGGGAGUGGGUCGGCAAGUACGAAGCUAGCAACGGAGUGAUUGAUUGGCCGGAGGAUUCCAGAGAAGAGGAGCUGCUAGAUACGGUCAUGCUCGGGCUCAGGCUCGGGGAAGGCUUGGGAAUGCCAGAGCUGGCGGGUAGGUUUGGCGGGGAGGCAGCAGUGGCGGUGGGGAAAGCGCUGCUGAAAUUUGUCGAGGCAGGAUUGGUGGAAAUAGUGCAAGUUCUGUCUGAUGGAAGGAUGGAGGUUGUGGGAAGAGAGAAGAAAUACUUGAGAGCAUUGGAGCAGCAGUGGGAUGUGAUGGCUGCUCGAGAGAAGGGGGGUGUCGGGAUUGUGGGAGAUGGUGUGAAGGGGGGUGUGGUGGAAGGCCCUACUGCAAGACGGGGGAGUGAGGGUGGUGAGGGUGCUGGUGGUAGGCAGCAUGUCAGGUGGCCAGACCUUAGAAUGCGGCUGACUGAUCCGGAGGGGUUUCUGGUAUCAAAUGAUGUUAUCUCAAGUGUGUUUGAAGCGGUUGGCUGA